UAGUCACUCAAUCUCUGAUAGCACCUCUCAGCUGCUGGCCCCACUGGGCUCAUCUGUACUCACAGGAACGUUCUAGAAGGCCCUUCCUGAGGAAGAUGGGCAACAUCCUCCUUCUGGAGACCAUCCUGAUGAUUGUCCCCCAUACAGGGCCUCUCUCUACCUACCCUCCUUCCUUCAGGCUUCAAGCUCUGGAGAAGGAUUCUCCUCACUCACGACUCUGACCAUCACUCUGAGUGAUUCACCCAAUACUGAAAGUUCUCACCAGGCAUUCCUCCUGCAGGGCUCUCAAUCUAGAUUGUUGCCACCCUUCAUGCCCUGCACUCUCUUGGUGCUCCUUCCUCAGGGCCUCAUCUUGAUACCUCUGCUGUAAGGCUACCUUCUAUUGGACCUCUGCUCCUAGGUUCUGACCACCUCUGACCAUUUCCUGGUGCCCUUUCCUCGGGCCUCUGAACACAGUGCUGCCUCUCUCUCUCUCUUUCUCUCUCUCUCUCUCUUUCUCUCUCCCUUCCCCCCUCUCUUUCUCCCUCUCUCCCCACCCUGCCCUACCUCAGACCUCUAAACCUCUUUUGGAGCCCUUACUGUAGGGCUCCAACUCUUUUUGAUGCCCCUUGAGUACCUAAAACCUUUUCUGGAGCUCCUCCCUUGGGGAUCCAACUUUCUUGGUGCCUCUUCCUUAGUGCUCCCCUGAUCUCUCUUGCUGCCCCCCUCAAGGCUCCAUCCCUCUCUUUGAUACCCCUCCUUCAAGGUAACUAGCUCCCUACCCUCAAGGUUCACAUUCUUCUUUUUCAACCUUGCCUAUGGGCUCCGACCUUCUUUCCCUGGCGUUUCUUUUGAGACUUUCCCUUAAGACAUCUCUCGGUAUACCUACCUCAGGGUUCUAACUGUAUCUUGGGGCCUGCCUUUGUGUCCCUUCAGAGUUUUAACUCGCUUAGUGUACUUCCCUUGGGGUUCUGAGCCUCUCUGUAACCCGUCAGGCUCCAACGGUCUUUUAGUGCACUUCCGGCAGAGGCUCUGACUCGGUCUUGGUUCCCUUCUUCCAGGUUCCGAGCCCGCCGCAUGGUGUUCUUCCCUCAAGUAUUCCCAACCUUUCAUCAGUGUUCCGGCCUUUUCUCAGGGUUCCGGGCCGUUUCUUCUUCCCUCAAGGUUUCCCAACCUCUCUUCAGUGUUCCGGCCUUUUCUCAGGGUUCCGGGCCCUUUCUUGGGAAACCUUUGAGGGAAGAACACCAUGCGGCGGGCUCGGAACCUGGAAGAAGGGAACCAAGACGGAGUCAGAGCCUCUGCAGGAAGUGCACUAAAAGACCGUUGGAGCCUGACGGGUUACAGAGAAGCUCAGAACCCCAAAGGAAGUACACUAAGCGAGUUAAAACUCUGAAGGAGAGGUGCCAAAGGAACACAAAGGCAGGCCCCAAGAUACAGUUAGAACCCUGAGGUCUCUUCACUUUCAGGUUCAACGAUCUGUUGGAAAUGAUGCUCCCCUUCUUCUUGUCAAUUCUCAUGGGUCUCCCAUGGGUGGAUACCUCUAUCAACAAUACCAGUGGAUUGGUAUUCGACAACACUACUGGUGGCUUGGACAAUGCCAUUGAGCCUAGAUGGACUCCUCAGAUGAGAUGCCAUUCAUGCCAGGAGCAUAACACCUUCUAUUGUCCACAUAUCCACUAUUGUGACAUGGAUAUCAGACGCUGUUUGACAGUUGCCAUACGUGUGAACCUUCGGCUGCUCUAUGUCUACAAGCACUGCACCAAGGACUGCACAUUUAUUUAUAGAAGGCAUGUGCCUCCAGAACUCCCUAGGGUGCUUAAAGAUGUCAAGAGCUUCUACUUUGUCUUGUGCUGUGGGAGUGUCGUUUGCAAUGAGGGAGGACCCAGAAAUAUGGAGAGGGACUUGUUAGGUGAAACUUCCAUAGAGGAAGAGGUAAUUGCUAGAGCUGUGAGUCUGGGGUGGGUCAACCUUCUCCUUUGUCUUGCCUUGAUCCUCUCCAGCAUCAUACUGACCUGAUAACCCCCCUCUGGGUGUACUCAUCUUCCCACAGUUGAAAGCACCUAUGUACUUUGUUGCUUCCUUGUGAAGCAGAGACAGUGUCAAGAGCACCUUUUGGGCCCAUUCAUCAUUUCUUGUAGGAAAGAAAUAAAGGCAUCGUUUGUCAAAAAUGCCCUUGGCCAUUGUU